UUUGGAUUAUUUUGGUUUUUUUUUUUUUUGGAAGUGACCACAAGAGUCGAAGCUCGUGAACUCAACAGCGGUGGACCAUGGGAGUUCCAGCGUUCUACAGGUGGUUAGCAGAGAAAUAUCCGUUGGUGGUGGUGGAUGUUGUCGAAGAAGAACCAGUGGAAAUCGAUGGCAUUACGAUUCCAGUCGACACUAGUAAGCCUAACCCUAAUAACAUCGAAUUCGACAAUCUUUAUCUUGACAUGAACGGCAUCAUUCACCCCUGUUUCCACCCUGAGGACCGGCCUUCUCCUACGACUUUUGAUGAGGUAUUCCAGUGCAUGUUUGAUUAUAUUGAUAGACUCUUUGUGAUGGUGCGGCCGAGGAAGCUUCUCUACAUGGCUAUCGAUGGUGUAGCUCCAAGGGCUAAAAUGAAUCAGCAACGUUCUAGGCGUUUCAGAGCUGCCAAAGAUGCAGCAGAAGCGGCAUCAGCAGAAGAGCGGUUGCGACAAGAAUUUGAGGAGGAGGGCAGAAAACUGCCUCCGAAACAGGAAUCACAAGUUUGUGAUUCCAAUGUUAUUACUCCUGGGACUGAAUUCAUGGCUGUUUUGUCAAUUGCACUGCAGUACUACAUUCAUCUCAGACUAAACAAUGACCCUGGAUGGAGAGACAUAAAGGUUAUCAUUUCUGAUGCAAAUGUUCCUGGUGAAGGGGAACACAAAAUUAUGUCAUACAUCCGCCUUCAAAGAAAUCUUCCUGGUUAUGAUCCAAAUACACGCCACUGCCUCUAUGGUUUGGAUGCAGAUUUGAUCAUGUUGGCUCUGGCUACGCAUGAAGUGCAUUUCUCAAUAUUAAGAGAGAUUGUUUUUACUCCUGGACAACAAGACAAAUGCUUCCUAUGUGGACAAAUGGGCCAUUUAGCAGCUAAUUGUGAAGGAAAGGCAAAGAGAAAGUCAGGAGAGUUUGAUGAGAAAGGUGAAGGGGCUUCUGUGGCCAAAAAGCCUUACCAGUUUCUCAACAUUUGGACUCUUCGAGAGUACUUGGAAUAUGAAAUGCGGAUUCCCAACCCUCCAUUUGAGAUUGAUUUUGAGUGCAUUGUGGAUGAUUUUAUAUUCAUGUGUUUCUUUGUCGGUAAUGAUUUUCUGCCUCAUAUGCCCACGUUGGAGAUUCGCGAGGGUGCAAUCAACUUACUAAUCGCUGUGUACAAAAAGGAGUUUCGGGCAAUGGAUGGCUAUUUGACUGAAUCAAGCAAGCCAAAUUUGAACAGGGUAGAGCAUUUCAUCCAGGCAGUGGGAUCCUAUGAAGAUAAAAUAUUCCAGAAAAGAGCUCGCUUACAUCAGCGGCAGGCAGAAAGAAUUAAGCGUGAAAAGGCACAAGUAAAAAGAGGAGAUGACGCUGAACCUCAGCUUCGACCUGAUUCUCUAGUACCAGUUGCUCGUUUUCAUGGUUCUCGUCUUGCUUCUUCUUCUUUGCCUUCACCAUAUCAACAAACAGGAUCUAGACACAGUUCAGGCAAUUCAGUAUCUAUCAGAAAUGGACACCAACACGGUCAAGCUGACAUGGGUCUGUCGCCACUUGACAUUAAGAGCAAAUCUGGAGUGCCUGACAGAAAAGAUAUUCAUUUUCGAGCCCAGAAAGUUGCACGCUUGUCUUCAGGGUCAUCCAUUGGUGCUGCAAUUGUUGAGGCUGAAAAUAGUCUUGAAGAAGAAGUAGAAAUACGUGAUAACAAAGACGAAUUGAAAAUAAAGCUUAAGGAUUUGCUUCGUGAGAAGAGCGACCUCUUUAACUCUGACAAUCCCGAAGAAGACAAGGUAAAAUUGGGAGAGCCGGGGUGGAAAGAAAGGUACUAUGAAGAAAAGUUUUCUGCGAAAACCCCUGAUGAACUUGAUACAAUACGAAAAGAUGUUGCCCUAAAAUACACAGAAGGCCUGUGUUGGGUCAUGCGCUAUUAUUAUGAGGGGGUUUGCUCGUGGCAGUGGUUUUAUCCUUACCAUUAUGCACCCUUUGCUUCUGAUCUCAAGGAUCUUGGUCAGUUGAACAUAAGCUUUGAAUUAGGUGCUCCGUUCAAACCAUUCAAUCAGCUGUUGGGGGUUUUUCCAGCUGCAAGUGCUCAUGCACUUCCAAUGCAUUAUCAAAGAUUGAUGACUGAUCCUAAUUCACCAAUUAGUGAUUUCUAUCCGACUGAUUUUGAAGUUGACAUGAAUGGCAAGCGGUAUGCUUGGCAGGGUAUCGCAAAACUGCCUUUCAUAGAUGAAGGACGCCUUCUUGCUGAGAUAAAAAAUGUUGAACAUACAUUGACGGAAGAGGAACUGCGGAGGAACAAUGUGAUGUUUGACAUGCUCUUUGUGGCAUGUUCUCAUCCUCUCUCUCCUUAUAUAUUCUCUCUUGAUGACCGUUGUAAACAGUUGUCGGAAAAGGAACGAAUUGAAGUCAAAGAAAGACUUGAUCCGAAUGUGAGGGGUACAUGCAGUGGUGGAAUGAAUGGUUACCUAUCACUUUGUGGCGGAGAUCCUUGCCCUCCCAUCUUCAGGUCUCCUGUUGCUGCAAUGGAAGAUAUUAUGAACAAUCAAGUCAUAUGUGCCAUAUACAGACUCCCGGAUGAACAUAAGCACAUCACUCGACCACCAGCAGGGGUUAUAUUCCCAAAGAAGACCGUUACUAUAGGGGAUCUCAAGCCACCACCUGUAUUGUGGCAUGAAGAUACAGGCAGGAGGCCAAUGGAAAAUGGCAGACAAAAUAACCCCGGAACAGGUCGUCAGCUUGGAGAAGCAGCACAUAGGCUUGUUGCUAACACCUUACAGUUAAAGAGGGACACUAACAGGGGUGACCGGAUGCAUGCCUCACCACAAUCGUAUCCUGCUGGUAUGUAUGGUGCACCGCCUUCCACCUAUGCUGAUGGUGGAUACCACAGUCUUGAACAUCAGAGAACAGCACGAACUGGGGCUGAUUAUACCAGUCAGAGUGGUAGGUUUACACAUAUGACCAGUGUUCAGAAUCACUCGGACCAUGGGUAUGGUCAACCAUAUGGUCCACCAGCUGCACCUAAUCCUUAUGGAAGGUCAUCUCAUCGUCCUCCGCAUGAAAGUAAUCACUGGCGGGCUUCCCGUACUGUAGAGCAUCUUGUGCAUAACCAUCCUCCUGGUUCAUUUCAGAAUGAUAGGGGACCAAGUUAUUACCCUCCUAGACAAGUAGCACAAAUACCUGUACCAGGUGGAGCUCAUGGUUAUCCAGGUGGUGGAUACAAUGGUCACAUGGGUUACCCAGUGUCUGGAGUUGGUAGUGAUCACCAUCAACAGGGAGGUGUCUGGGUACCAAGACCAGAUCAAAGGGGUGGUGGUCACCCUCAACAACCCGGUAACAGGUACUCUGUUUUAGACAGAGUACUAAGUAGGCCACCACCACCACCCCCGGGAUAUGGCCGUUACUAACCCCUUUUUUUCUUGCUUAGUGGAACGUCUGGUGGCCUUCAUAAUGGAAAUGUUGUACUAUAGUGAUGGUGAUACUUUAUUAUUAUUAUUUUAAAAUUUAGUCUCCUUCCCCCACCAAAUUUGUUCAAUUUCAUGGUGUAACUUGUAAGCUUACAUUAUAUGCAUUGUUCAAAAUGGCUGUAAUAAAAUUGCGGUGGAA